CGAGCUGGCCCGUGCUCCUCACUGCGCCUUCAAAGUUCUGGACGCCUGGGGGGCGCGUCCGUUUGGGCAUCCUAGAGCGCAACAGGCAGAAUUGUUCCUGUUGAUGAGUAGGUCCUCUUCUGAUUCGGACUCCUUGAGGCUUUAGAAGCUCCUAGGUGAAACUUGUCUACCUCCAGGGAAAAACAGCGCCUGCUCCUUCAAGACGCAGCCCUCCAUUGCUAUGGAUACCGAAUCCACAUACUCCGGAUAUUCAUACUAUUCAAGCCAUUCAAAAAAGUCUCACAGACAAGGGGAGAGAACUAGAGAGAGACAUAAAUCGCCCCGGAAUAAGGAUGGCAGAGGGUCAGAAAAGUCUGUCACCAUCCAAGCUCCCACUGGAGAGCCUCUGUUGGCAAACGAUUCUACGAGGGCUGAGGAGGUUCAGGAUGACAACUGGGGAGAGACCACCACGGCCAUCACGGGCACCUCCGAGCACAGCAUAUCACAGGAGGACAUCGUCAGGAUCAGCAAGGACAUGGAGGACAGCGUGGGGCUGGACUGCAAGCGCUACCUGGGCCUCACCGUCACCGCACUCCUUGGACUUCUAGUUUUUCUCACCCCCGUUGCCUUCAUCCUGUUGCCCCCGAUCCUGUGGAGGGAUGAGCUGGAGCCUUGUGGCACCAUUUGCGAGGGACUUUUUAUUUCUGUAUCAUUCAAACUACUCAUUCUGCUCAUUGGGACCUGGGCGCUUUUCUUCCGGAAGCAGAGAGCAGACAUGCCACGGGUGUUUGUGUUCCGCGCCGUGUUAUUGGUCCUCAUCUUUCUUUUCGUGGUUUCCUAUUGGCUGUUCUAUGGAGUCCGCAUUUUGGACUCUCGGGACCGAAAUUACCAGGGCAUCGUGCAAUAUGCGGUCUCCCUCGUGGACGCCCUCCUCUUCAUCCACUACCUGGCCAUCGUCCUGCUGGAACUCAGGCAGCUGCAGCCCAUGUUCACGCUGCAGGUGGUGCGCUCCACCGACGGGGAGUCCCGCUUCUACAGCUUGGGACACCUGAGUAUCCAAAGAGCAGCUUUGGUGGUUCUGGAAAAUUACUACAAAGAUUUCACCAUCUAUAACCCAAACCUCCUCACAGCUUCCAAGUUCCGAGCAGCCAAGCACAUGGCCGGGUUGAAAGUCUACAACGUCGAUGGCCCCAGUAACAACGCCACUGGUCAGUCCCGGGCUAUGAUUGCUGCAGCUGCCAGGCGCAGGGACUCGAGCCACAACGAGUUGUAUUAUGAAGAGGCUGAGCAUGAACGUCGGGUAAAGAAACGGAGAGCAAGGCUGGUGGUGGCCGUGGAAGAGGCAUUCAUCCACAUCCAGCGUCUCCAGGCUGAGGAGCAGCAGAAAGCCCCAGGGGAGGUGAUGGACCCCAGGGAGGCAGCGCAAGCCAUUUUCCCAUCCAUGGCGAGGGCGCUGCAGAAGUACCUGCGAACCACUCGGCAGCAACACUACCACAGCAUGGAGAGCAUCCUGCAGCAUCUGGCCUUCUGCAUCACCAACAGCAUGACCCCCAAGGCCUUCCUGGAGCGGUACCUCAGUGCAGGCCCCACCUUGCAGUACGACAAGGAGCGCUGGCUCUCAACGCAGUGGAGACUGAUCAGUGACGAAGCCGUGACGAACGGCUUACGGGAUGGAAUUGUUUUCGCCCUUAAAUGCUUGGACUUCAGCCUCAUCGUCAAUGUGAAGAAAAUCCCGUUCAUCGUACUCUCUGAAGAGUUUAUAGACCCCAAGUCUCAUAAGUUUGUCCUACGCUUACAGUCUGAGACAUCAGUUUAAAAGUUCUAUAUUUGAGGCUUUAUAUAUAAAAAAGAAAAGAAUAUAUAUAGAGAGAUAU